AUGCGUCUCCUUUCGCUUUUCCUCGUCUUCCUGGGACUGCUGCCGGGCUACUUCGUCUCGGCAACGGACAAUGGAAAGACCACCGAUGUGACAUGGGACCAAUACAGUCUCUCUGUCAAGGGAGAAAGGAUAUAUGUAUUUUCCGGAGAAUUCCACUACCAACGACUCCCCGUGCCCGAGCUGUGGCUGGACGUGUUUCAGAAACUACGUUCAAAUGGGUUCAAUGCGGUAUCCAUCUACUUCUUCUGGAGCUUCCACUCCGCCUCCGAAGAUACCUUCGACUUCGAGAGCGGCGCCCAUGACGUCCAGCACGUGUUUGAUUACGCUAAGCAGGCCGGUCUGUAUGUGAUCGCGCGCGCUGGUCCAUACUGCAAUGCUGAAACCUCCGCUGGCGGCUUUGCACUGUGGGCCUCUAAUGGUCAAAUGGGCAAAACGCGUACCAGCGCAAGCUCAUACUAUGACCGGUGGUAUCCGUGGAUCCAGAAAAUCGGAAAAAUCAUCGCCGCAAACCAAAUCACUAAUGGCGGGCCGGUGAUUCUCAAUCAACAUGAGAAUGAGUUGCAGGAGGGCCAUCAUGAUGCCAACGAUACUGUUGUCAAGUACAUGGAACAAAUCAAAGAUGCCUUCAAUGAGGCGGGCAUCGUUGUCCCGAGCUCCCAUAAUGAGAAGGGGAUGCGCUCAAUGAGCUGGUCAACUGACUACCAGGACGUCGGUGGUGCUGUCAACGUCUACGGUCUGGACUCCUAUCCUGGUGGUCUGUCUUGUACCAAUCCAGACACCGGGUUCAAUCUGGUUCGCACUUACUACCAAUGGUUCCAGAACUACUCGAGCUCGCAACCCGAAUACCUUCCAGAGUUUGAGGGCGGCUGGUUCUCUCCCUGGGGAGGGACGUUCUAUGAUCAAUGUUCGAGUGAGCUUUCGCCUGAAUUCGCCGACGUCUACUAUAAAAACAAUAUCGGGUCGAGAGUCACAUUGCAGAACAUCUACAUGGUGAUGGGGGCGACUUCUUGGGGUCAGAGCGCUGCUCCGGUUGUCUACACAUCGUAUGAUUACUCUGCACCCAUGCGCGAGACCCGCGAGAUACGGGACAAGCUCAAGCAGACUAAGCUGAUCGGCUUGUUUACUCGUGUCUCGUCUGGUCUUCUGCAGACGGAAAUGGAAGGGAACGGAACGGGAUAUACCAGUGACCCCAGCAUCUACACUUGGGCGUUGCGAAAUCCGGAAAUUAAAGCCGGCUUCUAUGUUCUCGCGCACUCUACCAGCUCUUCUCGCGCUGUGACUACUACCUCACUAAACAUCAACACCACCGUUGGGGCUAUCACAGUUCCCGACAUCGAGCUGGCCGGCCGCCAAAGCAAGAUUAUAGUCACUGACUAUCACAUCGGAAAGGGGUCGAGCUUACUCUAUUCAACGGCUGAGGUUUUGACCUACGCCACGCUCGACGUGAAUGUCAUUGUGUUCUACCUGAAUAUCGACCAAAAAGGUGAAUUUGUUUUCAAAGAUGCACCACUUUUGACUUUCAAGGUGUACGGCAACUCCAAGGUGAAGUCCUCUGCAUCGGCACAUGGCACCAAAUACACCUAUACUCAAGGGGACGGCACCACAGUGGUCAAGUUCUCCAACGGCGUGCUCGUCUAUCUUCUCGACAAGGAGACAGCCUGGAACUUCUUUGCAGUGCCGACCACUUCCAAUCCCACUGUGUCUCCAAGUGAGCAGAUCAUUGCGCUUGGGCCAUAUCUCGUGCGCACAGCGACUGUCCACGGUGAUACCGUCAGUCUUGUCGGUGAUAAUGCAAAUCGGACUUCUCUUGAGGUCUACACGGGAGAUUCCAAGGUGAAGAAGAUCAAGUGGAAUGGCAAAAACAUCCCGACUAAAAAGACAGCCUAUGGCAGUUUGAUCGGAUCGGCUCCAGGAGCGGAAGAUGCUAAGAUCUCACUACCAGCUCUACGAUCCUGGAAAGCGCAAGACACUCUCCCGGAGAUCCAGGCGGACUACGAUGAUUCUCGCUGGACGGUGUGCAACAAGACAACCUCGGCCAACUCUGUAGCACCACUCACGCUCCCGGUGCUUUACUCCGGCGACUAUGGCUAUCACGCCGGAACCAAAAUCUACCGUGGACGGUUCGACGGAGUAACCGCCACGGGCGCCAAUCUCACCGUUCAAAACGGCGUAGCUGCCGGCUGGGCCGCCUGGCUAAACGGCGUCUACGUCGGCGGAGUAAUUGGUGAUCCCGCCCUCGCAGCGACAUCUGCAGAGCUUGUCUUCGACCGUUCCACUCUGCAAGGGCACGAUAAUGUCCUGACAGUCGUUAUGGAUUACACAGGCCACGAUGAGGCCAAUGUAUCCCCCAACGGCGCACAAAACCCACGCGGGAUCCUCGGCGCCACACUUGAGAAUGGCAGUUUCACAUCCUGGCGCAUCCAAGGCAACGCCGGAGGCGAAGCCAACAUCGACCCCGUACGCGGACCCAUGAACGAAGGAGGUCUCUACGGAGAGCGUCUCGGCUGGCAUCUGCCGGGAUACAAAGCGCCCCACACAGCCAGAUCCGACAGCCCGCUCGACGGAGUCUCUGGUGCAGCAGGUAGAUUCUACACGACGACAUUCAAGCUCGACUUGGACGCCGACCUGGAUGUCCCGAUUGGGCUGCAAUUGGACGCGGAUGCUGAUACACCUGCAGUAGUCCAGAUCUUUAUGAACGGGUACCAGUUCGGUCAUUAUUUGCCCCAUCUCGGCCCGCAGAGUAGAUUCCCUUUCCCGCCGGGGGGUGAUCAAUAA